GCUUGCCUAUAAAGCUUAUUCAUUCAAAAGGAAACAUAUCUGUUUCCUUUUACCUCAAGCUCUUGGUUAAGGUAGGUACUUGUAGCUAUUACUGCUCACACCCCACUCUUCCCGCACAGCAACCCCCCCACCACUACACUACCUCUCUCCACCGCCUUCACUGCUACUGCCAUCACCAUCAUCAUCACCACCACUACCACCACUACAAUAACAACAAUAACCACACCAUCCCGUGUAUCUCACAAUCAAAUUCAUUUAGCGUCCUCCCUUCGUUAUAUCCGCACAGCUUCUUCGCCGCAAACAGACCAUUCUGAAGGUGUCCAACCAUCCAAAAUGGCGCCCUCGUCGGUCUCGAUAAACCCCACAGCCACCAAUGUGUCUCAGCUUCUAGGGAAACUAUAUGAUAGUGACCCAGAUUUUCGCUUCAUGGCCCUGAGUGAUCUCCAGGAGAUGCUCAAGAUUGGCCACCCGGGUUUUCUACACCAUGAGUCUGCGACUUGUACAAAGACGGUAGAAGGCUUGUUGGCUACCCUGGUGGACUCAAAUGGCGAGGUGCAGAACAUGGCUAUCAAAUGCCUUGGACCCUUCGUAAACCGCAUACCCGAAUCGAUACUCAGCCCCAUGCUCGAAAAGCUCUCAAACAUCCAGACGAAUGACGCCGUCGAUCAGUCAAUACCCUCCCUUGCCCUCCGAGAGGUCGUCGUUUCCCUCCCACGUCCGGUGCCCGGCAUCGCUCGCUCGCGAGAUGUCACAGACGCCUAUGGCGCGAUUAGUAGAGUUCUGAUCCCACGCCUGCUUGGUCGACAUGUUAUCCCGCCUCGGAAGGAGGUCCCAAACCUCCCGAAGGGUAUGCUGCCGACCGACUUGGAGAAUGGGACUGAUAGCAAUGCUAUCGAUGUCUUGACGGAGAUUGCGAGAUGUUUUGGUCCUUUGCUACAGGACGCAGAAAUACAAGGAUUACAACAGAUUACAUUCGAAAUCCUCGAGAGUGACAAGGCAAGCUCGAUGAUGAAGAAGAAGGCGGUCACGGCGCUCUCCAUUCUUUCUGCACACUUCUCCUCCGAGUCCUUGAGCGCGUUGCUGUCUCGGAUCAUUGAGCAUCUCCGCGAUGUACACCUAACUCGCAGCAAACGAAAACUAUACAUCACCAUUCUAGGGUCCAUGGCACGCUCGAUCCCCCGUAAAUUCGGCCCCUAUCUAAAGACGUUGGCGCCAUUUGUGCUAAGUGCUUUGAGCGCACAGGAAGUGGACGAAGAAAUGGAUGUAUCAGACGAUGAGGCUGAACGAGAUCCCGAGAUCGACGAAGUCCUCGAAGCGGCUCUUAUCGCCAUAGAAAGCUUUUUGGUGUCUUGCUCACAGGACAUGCGUCUGUACACGCACGAAACAAUCGAUUCCGCCACCCGGCUCCUCAAGUACGACCCCAACCUUGCCACCGACGGGGACGACGACGACGAUGCAAUGGACAGUGAGGAGGAGGAUAUGUUCGAUGGCGAAGACUUUGAGGAGGAGGAGGGCUUCGACGAUGAUGAGGAUGGAAGCUGGAAAGUGCGUCGCUGCGCCGCAAAGGUCUUGUACGCACUCAUCUCGACACGCACCGAUCUCUUAGAUGAUGGAACUUUGUACAACAAGGUGGCGCCAGCUCUGGUCUCCAGGUUCAAAGAGCGUGAAGAGAAUGUCCGCCUCGAGGUCUUGUCCACAUUGUCGAACCUCGUGAGGAAGUCAGGAGACGGGCCCAUACCACUUGGACUGUCCUUGGACCAAAACCUCCAGGGCACUAUGGGACCUCCACCAAGCAAGAAACGGCGUAGAGUGGGAUCUGAUGCUAGUAUGUUCGAUAUUCAUGCCAACGCUUCCCUGUCAUUGGGAUAUGACUCCCCAGCACCGGUUGGGACUCCACCCGUAGGUCCCAGGGCUAGCUUAGCAAAACUCAAUCCGGAAAUUAUGAAAGGCGUGACAAGUCUGCUCAAGGCGUCGAGUACACCACCUACUAAGCAGGCCUCGGUCGUGUUGCUUAAGGACAUUGUUGUCACCCAGCGUGGGGGCAUCCAGGGCUACUUACAGCAGAUCGCGGAUCCCGUCAUCGACGCCGCUAAACUGACUGGAGGUUCGUCUGCUGGAACAACAGCAACGACCGCGAACAGCCUCCGCAUUCAAGCCUUGCAAUUGAUUGGUGCUAUCGCCGACACCCAUCCAUCUGCAGCAAUACAGCCGUAUCUCGCAAAAAUUGUUCCUGCUCUUCUCCUUGGCGCAAAGGAUAGGUAUAGCAAGCUAUCAAUCGAGUCCUUAGUCGCGACGGAGCAAGUAGUCAAGACUCUCACCCCACCCCGCAGCCAGUCAGGUGGAAACCACAAUCAAGAACACCUGGAGCUGCUUUUCGACGCUCUGAUCAGCAGAAUUUCUGCUAACGAUGCCGAUCUCGAGGUCAGGCAAAACGCCAUUCACGUACUUGGCCUGUUUAUCGGUCGUAGCUCAGGCACGACUGGGCUUUUAUCUCCCGACAAACGGUCGUCUGGCCUCGGUCUACUUCAUGACCGCCUGAAGAAUGAGCUCACCCGACUUGCCUCCGUGCGGGCCAUUGAUACCAUUGUUGCCCUAACGAAGGCCGAAGAUGAGCUUCCUGCCACCUGGCUUCGAAGCGUCGCCUUGGAGCUUGGUGCCCAGCUCCGCAAGGCUAGCCGUGCUCUUCGGGGUGCAAGCUUGAGCGCACUACGAACCAUCUCAUUAAAUCCGAUAUCACGAAGUCAAUUAGACAGCAAGACCAAAGCACAGCUUGUGGAGCUUCUCUUGCCUUUGGUCAGCUAUGAAGAUUUGCAUCUCCUGGGUCCCGCACUCAUCAUCCUCGCAACAUUCGUCAAAGAUGAUGCACAGUCGGUCAUGACAGAACAGCUGAACAAGUCUCUAUGCAACGUGGUUCGCGGUUCUAUCAGCGGCAGCUCGCUAGAAGCCCUUCUUGCACUGGUACGAACCGUUGGCGAGAAAGGCGCUGGCCAAACACUGAUGAAUGCCUUGCUACAAGAUGUUGGCGUUUCUGGCCACGCAGAAGUAGUUGGAAAGGUGAUUGGCAAUCUGCUCGUUUCCGGUGGCAGCACCGUAUCGGUUAAUGUCGAUAGCUUCGUCACUGAGCUUAACACUGCCACUGAUGAGAAGCGAAAGUGUCUUGCACUGGUUGUCCUUGGUGAAUCUGCUCUUCGAUUGGGCGGACAAUCAACGAUCGACCCUCGCCUUUUCAUCAAGUAUUUCUCUGCAAAGUCGGAACAGGUCCCCCUGGCUGCUGCAGUCGCACUCGGCCGUGCAGGUGCUGGAAGUGUGCCUAAGUAUCUGCCGAUCAUACUUUCUACCAUGGGCCAGCCAUCCAGUCCGCAGUACCUCCUCUUACAUUCUGUCAAGGAGAUCCUUCAACAAGAAGGCACGGAGGCCGAACUCAUACCAUUUGCAUCAACCCUCUGGCAAAAUCUCAUUGCUGCUGCUCAAGUCGAGGAUAACAAGGCUAUCGGCUCCGAGUGCAUUGGAAGACUGGCGAUCAUCGAUCCGAAGAAUUAUCUUCCCCAAUUACAAGAUUUCCUCAACGAUGGCAAGUCCAGCGUCCGUGGCAUGGUCAUCUCGGCCCUUCGCUAUACACUUGCCGACACUGAUGAGGCAUACGACGAAUAUCUCAAGCCAAUCGUAGUACCUAUGCUUGUCAAGAUGCUUAAUGAGGAGGAUCUCGAGAACCGACGCCUUGCAUUAACAACGUUCAACUCGGCCAUGCACAACAAGCCUGACAUCAUUCUUCCUGCUCUCGACCAGUUGCUACCCUUGGCAAUGAGGGAGACUGAGGUCAAGCCCGAGCUUAUUCGUGAAGUGCAAAUGGGUCCAUUCAAGCACAAGGUUGAUGACGGUCUUGAGAUCCGUAAGAGCGCGUACGAAACCCUGUAUGCGCUCUUGGAAACUGCUUUUACGAAACUGUCGCCCGCCGACGUCUCUGAUUCUUACGACCGCGUUGUUGCCGGUGUUGUGGACGAGCAUGACAUUCGCAUUCUUUGCAAUCUCAUGAUCACCAAGCUAUCUGUCCUUGCUCCCGAUCAGACAAUCAGUCGUCUCGAGGUUAUUUCACACAACUUCCGCACAAUUUUGUCAACGAAACCCAAGGAUAAUGCCGUCAAGCAAGAGAUUGAGAAGAUACAAGACGGUAUCAAGGGCGUUUUAAAGGUGUCAGUACUGCUUCACAAGCAGAUCGGAGGAGACGCCACUGUGCUAGAGAAUCAGCAGCUCAGAACCUGGAGCCAGUACUGGGAGUGGAUCAACAAGGAUUUUACACAAGGCAUAAAAGGCGCAACAGACGAAUUGAAGGAUCGUGAGCGCUAAUGGCAAUCUUUCGAGUGGCUUUCCCUUUUUCAAUCAUUAUGGCUGGACAGCAAAUUGGUUUUUCCCUUUCCCCAGGCGGAAAUGGAGAUGACGGCGGAUGAUGGUUGCAAUAUCAUGUUUCGAAGCCACUGUGCCAAAAUCCGUACAAGGGCCUUUUACAAUAGGGCUACUAAAAUAAAGAAGACAUAAAAAGUUGUCCAGAGGAAGCAUACAAAGCAAAAAUGAGCAAAGUAUUAAAUACACGAGCAUUACUUCC